ACCUUGUGUCAACAUAGACUUAGUCAUCUGUAUCACCCCAUUCUGAAUUUAUCGAUUACAAAUAUAAUAAAAAAAACAGUAUUUUAAGAAUAUCACAUAUUCAUAUUAGAAUUAUUCAAGAUGUGUGCAAAAAUGGCAUUUCAACACCAAGCCGGUACGGCUAUGGAGUGUUUAAGUAUUCCAAUAACUCUUCAUAAAGAGGUUGAUGGCGAUACUCUCCGUUGUGGAUUUAAAAUCGGAGGAGGAAUAGACCAAGAUUUCCAUAAAAGUCCUCAAGGAUAUACAGAUAAUGGCAUUUAUGUAACAGAAGUACAUGAUCAUAGUCCAGCGUCUAAGGCAGGACUUCGGAUUCAUGAUAAAAUACUACAAUGCAAUGGUUAUGACUUCACGAUGGUGACUCAUAAAAAAGCUGUGAGUUAUAUCAAGAAACAUCCCGUUCUAAACCUUCUUGUGGCAAGAAAAGGUGUCACAUCAACAUAAAACAAUUGUUAUUUAAAUUUGUAUGUAUUAUAUUAUAGUUGAAUGUAUGUGUGUAUAAAGGUCGAUUCUCACUAUACGUUCCGUUUACUUUCCAUAUCCGUGGCUUUCCGUUUACGUACAAUAUUAUUAAAUACAAAUCACAUAGUAUAUGCCCACUUUCCGUUCCUUUUCUACCAUUCCCGAAGCCUUUGGUAACAAGUCGUGAUGUGACAGGUAUGCUAUAGAUAGUGUGAAUAUUUUUAACCCUCGCGGUUUAGUUGAAGUUGUUGAGACAAAAUAUGAACGAUGAAAAAUUGAUAGAGCUUUGAGAAUAAGAUUCAGGUCGAGAGCAUUUAUACUGAUUUGUCAAAUGCCUUUUACAGGGUUAAUCAUAACCUGUUGGUUCACAAACUUCUUGCAUCCGGCAUUGUUAAUUGGAUUAAAAGUUUUUUGAUGGGAUGUACACAAGUUCGUUUUAACAAUUAUAUUUCAAAAUAAUUCCAUUGUUGUUCUGGUGUCCCACAAGGGUCUCAUUGUAGUCCCGUGUUUUUAACUUGUUUUGUAGAGAUAUCUUGCAAGACGGUGUAAAUAAUAUAUGUUUAUGGUCGAAACAUAAUGGUUUAAGCUGAAAUCCAACUAAAUGUUCUUGUAUUUCAUUUGGUCUUAUAAAUAUUUUAAUCUUAUCUAAUAGAUAUGUUUUUAAUGAUGUACUCUUGGAUUCAGUUACUGAGAUUAGAGAUUUUGGUGUAUUAUUGGAUUGUGCAUUGACAUUUAGAAGCCAUUUUCUUAAAAUUAAGAAAACAGGAUGUCGUAAUUUUGGUUUUAUUUAUCGUAACAGUCAUGAUCUCUCAUCUACAGUAUUAGAAUUAUUGUACGGCUCUCUGGUACACUCAGGUCUUGAAUACUGCUGUGUUGUUUGGCCUCCAUUUCAUCAGGUUGGGAACUGAUAUAUUAUUUCUGUUUAAAAUUCUAAACAACUCUAUUAAUUGUCCCUCGUUAUUAGACAAAUGUGUACUUAGACACUUGAAAAGUUGCCACCCCCUAUAAUUUGGUCCCUAUAGAAAAUCUAAAAAUAUACAAAAACACGUCAAAUUUAUUUAUAAGGGGGACAUUUUGUAGACCUAUAGAACUAAAUUACACUAACCCUCUAGCGGGGGCGGACACAACCCCCAAAAUAUUUAAUGGAAAGGGGGGUUGAGUGAUACCUCAUUUUAAAGGUCGUUCGAUUACCUUUUCAAAAAUACCACAUACAUUAUAUUUCUCUUCAAUAAUUUUGGAAAAAUCAAGUGAAACUGUAAAGAUAUUAAAUACAGUGAAACUUGGAUAAUUCGAAUCUCAGGGGACCGUUAAAAAAAUUCGAAUUAUCCAAAAAUUCGAAUUAAAAAAUAAAUCAACAAAAACAAGGAUUGCCUACAAAAACAUCUGCAAAUGAUAAAUAUCAGUAGUUGAUCAGCAAAAAAACAGCAGUUGAUCAUUUUUAUUGCUUGGAGAUGUUUUUGUUCCUAUUCUUGCACGAAUUUUGUCAACCUAAAAAAAUGGGCUAAAAAAUUCGGCCAAAAAUACCAAUUAAAACAUUUGAAAGCUAUAAAAAAGACCGACUUCAUUUUUUUUCCAAAGAGAUCCGAAAAUUUUAGCUGAUUUUUAGAAUUUAGCUUCUCAGUAAUGACAAAAGAUUCUAAGAUAUCCAGAAAAGAUAGCAGAAAAGUUCGAAUUAUCCAAAAUAUAAUUCGAAUUAUUCACGACUUUUUACCAUUACUUAAAUAGGAAAUAAGGACCAGAAUAAAAAUUCGAAUUAAAGAAGAUUUCGAAUUAAGCAGGUUCCACUGUAUCGAGUUCAGAACUCCAAAAAUUUUUUUGGAGUAUUGAACUCCAAAUUGAAUUUUUUUCGGGGUGUUGAAGUAUUUAGAGUGUUUUUUUGAAGUAUUUUUGGAAAAAUCAAGUAAAACCGUAAAGAUAUUAAGUAUCGAGUUCAGAACUCCAAAAUUUUUUAGAGUAUUAAGUCCAAGAUUUUUCCAAAAGUACAGAAAAGAAAUAUAAGGCAUGUGGUAUUUUUGAAAAGGUAAUUUAAUGACUUUCAAAAUGAGGUAUCACUCAACCCCUCUUUCCAUUAAAGAUUUUGGGGUUGUGUCCGCCCCCACUAUAGGGUUGAUGUAAUUUAGUUGAAAACUGGUCUACAAAAUGUCCCUCUCACAAAUAAAUCUGACGUGUUUUUGCAUAUUUUUAGAUUUUCUAUUGGGACCAAAUUAUAGGGGGUGGCAACUUUUGAAAUUGACACACUGUAGAACUCUCAACACACUGCACUUUUUAUAUUACUUUUCAUAGGACUGAUUAGGCUCGUCAUUUUCCCUUGCCUAGAAUGCUCAGCUUUUGCAAUGACCUGUUACUGUAUCCAUUCUGUCCAAACAUUAAUGUUUUCAAAAGGCAACUUAGAAGUUUAAUGAUCUAAAUAUGUGAUAUCUUUUUACAUUUUGUGAUUUGAUAUAUUGUUUUAAUGUACCUACAAAUUUUAAAUUGUUUAAUUGUCUCGUUUUCGUUGUUGUUUUGAUGUUUAUUGUACAUAAUCUUUACUUUUUACUAUUUUUUUUAUUUCAUUGUAAAUGGUUGUACCAUAUGAGUCAACUAUUCCUCGUCAGCCGUAAUGGUUGGGUGAAAAACAAAGUUUUAAUGUGUUUGUAACGUUUAAGUGGAUGUUUUUCAUGUUUUUUUCCUGUUCCGGGGUUGCACAAGAAAGCGCUUAGCUAAUGAAAUAUUAUAAUUUUACACACUUCAAUAUACAAUUUUUUCGCUUCCUUUAUUCAGUCAAGUGUGUACAAAAUUUAUCAGUCUUUCAAGUAUCCAAUAAAUAAAUAAACUUGUCUGGUGUAAUAACUUAUAUGAUUUUGAAAAUAAAAAAUACAGUAAUAAUACAUUUAAAGACAAUAUUUGGUCGGCUGUUGCCAAGGAAUUAAAUUAUUUUCUUUAUUCAAUAUAAUAGCUGUUUUAAAUUUUCUUCAUUACACAUUUUAUCAAGCCAGAAAAAAAACACGCGUAUUCCUGUCAAAAACUUAGGAUAAAAUGUCACCAAACUGGAACAAAAUAUGUAUGUACAAUAUUAAACGGAGACGGAAACGCAACAUGUACUAAUGAGAAUGGUGGUUAACAUAACGGGAGGUGCACUGGCGAAACGUCCAUGUAACCACUGUUACCAUUGGUAACAGUUAAAAAUCUUGCAAAUAAAUAUUUUAUGACUACUGUAAAAUAAUUUCAUUUUAUUUUUUUUCUAAUAGAAAUAUGAGUUAAUACUAAUUCACUAAAAAGCCAACUAGACGCACGAAAAUAUCGGCAAAUUUAUGCGACUCGGUUGCAGGUUACAUUGUUACCACUUUUAAAUGUGGAUACACCAUGAUGGUCCAUCGGCUAUCGAUCGCAUGGUCGGAGACGGCUCGUGUCUGAAAAUUUUGAAAGCCAAAGGCGUGGGAGCGCUGUGGAUAUUAGUAGGCUUGUUACCACUUUUUGGAAUGGUUACAAUGGUUACUUACCUAUUACAGUGUGCGUUCAAUUAAACAUGGACGACUUUAUUUUUGAAAUUUUUGACACUAUGACUAUCCAACUUAAAAAUAGGUUUUGUAAUUUAAAGCCAAAAAUUUUCAGAUAGGGCCUCUCAUCAAUUUGUACAGCUAUAUGGACAAAAAUUUGACACAGUAAAGUUAAAAACAGAAGUUUUUAUAAUGAUCCAGAUUAUCUUUUAAAAAAUGUACAACAAUUGUAUCAAUAUUUAACGUCUUCAGAAGUUGAUAAUGGAUUUCAGGAACUUUUUAAAUUGGCAAACCUAUUUUUAAUAAUGCCGGCUACAAGUGCAUCCGUUGAAAGAAGUUUUUCAGCAAUAAAACGGAUUAAAACAUGCCAAAGAAAUACCUAAUUGCAAGAUCGAAUGUCGUCAUUUUCUUUCAUUUCCAUUGAGUAACGCUUUUUAAAAUGAUUAAUGACAGAACCCUCUUUCUACGAUUCUGUUAUUAACAUUUUUGCAGAUAAAAUAAACAAAAACUUAUAUUUGCGAGGUUCUUUUAAAUAAGAUUUUUUACAUCUGGGUUUGGUAACACUUUAGAAAAAGUCACGCGUCGCCACUGGGGAGGUGUAUGUAAAGAAGGUUUCACAUUAUGCUGUUUCCAUGCUAGGCAAGACGGCAAGAGCCAUGCAAGACAGAUUAGGCAACUGCGCAUGCCCACGCGCUAUUUCCAUGCAAUUCCUGUGCUAGACGAAAAAUUAAAACGUUUUCUAUUUUUCACGCUAUUUGAUGCAAGUUGUUGUCAAAUUUCAUAUUACUAACAUAACAAAAUUUAUAGUUUAGAAUAAAACUUAACCUUAUUGUGUAAAUUUAAAUGUUAUUUAUUGGAAGUAAUAAUAAUUUGUGAUUUAUACUUGAAUAUAUUUAAUGUUGGACUGAAAUUUUCAAGUGAAAUAGCUAAAGUUAAUGUUUUGGUAUAUUUCUUUUGUUGGCAGCAAUGAAAGUGGUAUCAAAAAUUGCACAGAAAUAGCUCAGAUGUAAAAAUGUCAGGCUAUGCAAGAGAUAUGCCAUGCAAGACGGACUUGCACAGCAUGAGACUUGCAUGGCAUAUCUCUGGCCUAGCCUGACCUUUUUUACAUCUGAGCUAUUUCUGUGCAAUUUUUGAUACCACUUUCAUUGUUGCCAACAAAAGAAAUAUACCAAAACAUUAACUUUAGAUAUUUCAUUUGGGAAUUUCAGUGUAACAUUAAAUAUAUUCAAGUAUAAAUCACAAAUUAUUAUUAUUUCCAAUAAAUAACAUUUAAAUGUACACAAUAAGGUUAAGUUUUAUUCUAAACUGUAAAUUUUGUUAUAUUGGCAACAUGAAAUUUGACAACUUUCAUGAAAAUAGCAUGAAAAAUAGAACAUGUUUUAAUUUUUCGUCUAGCACCAGAAUUGCUUGGAAAUAGCGCGUGGGCAUGCGCAGUGGCAUGAUCUGUCUUGCAUGGCUCUUGCCUAGCAUGAAAAUACAAUAAUGUAAAACUGCCUUGAAGCUGCUUUUGCGGGUAUGUAAUGUAAACUGAAUGUAUAGUGAGAAUCGACCUUAAGUGCCUAUUAAGUUUGUAGCAUAUUGUGUGCGCUAUAGUCUGAAUUGUGGAAGUAUUGCGAUGGAAAGUUAUUUUAUGGCUGUGUGUGUUCGUGUGCCUAAGUUGAGUGGAACGAGAAUAUGCUUUGUUGAGAAUGUUGUAUCUAUUGGUAAAUGUGUACCAAUGCUUGUGCGGGUGUUGUAAUCAGUUACCAAGAACUACAUAAUGAAAGUGUGUGGACAUUUUGUAGAUAUUUUGUUCUAUAUAGACAAUAUUCUAUUGUGUUUAUUACUAGUUAUUAUUAUACCUUAAGAGCCAUUUUUUAUUGUGAAAUUUGUAAGUUUUCUUCAUUAAUAAACGAAGUUUGGUUAUUA